AUGGUUAGUGCUCAAGUGUUGGCACUGGUAUUAGCAGUGUUGGCACUGCCAGUACUAAUUGUGGCCGAACCUGAGCUAAUAAAACACAUAAUUGUUACCGAUUUUCACGUAUUUCACGACCGACUAUGGAAACCAAGCGAUCGGAGUAGAGUCGAGGCAUUGAGCGUAGCGGGCGCUCAGGGCGACCGCUGGAGACGUGUCCGGGCGGUCGUGAGUCCGGUGUUCAGGAGCCGAAAAUUGUCGAAAAUGCAUGCAUUGAUCGACAAAUUAUCGAAUCGUAUGGUAAACGCGUUGGACGUUAUGGCGAAAAAUGAGGGCCAGUUUGACGCCGUAGACACUUCUGAACGUUACGUGACGGAAGUGAUUGUAGCAUGUGGGUUUGGUACCAAAAGUAGCGCGCUCACCGACCUCGACGAUCCGUACCUCGUGAACGCCCGUACUAUAUUUUCCGCGUCUAUGUUCCGGUUCCUUUGCGCUCAAUUAAUUCCCACAUUUUUACGCCAUUUCCUUAAUAUAAAGUCAUUGACCACUGCUAAAGAAAUCGAUUAUUUUAAGAAUUUAUUGCAACACAUAUUGACGUUGAGACUAAAUUCGGGUCAAAAAUACACUGAUUUUAUGGGUUUACUCAUUAAUGCCCGAAAGGAGUGGGACGUGACAUUGACCGACAAUGAUAGCCAAACGCAUUAUUUUAUCUCAGGCGACGAGGAGCCGUCACUUAGUAGACAGUCGUCGACAGAAGCAAAAGCAGGUAAUCCGUGGCUAUCGGACGAGGAGAUCGUCGCGCAGGGAGUUAUGUUAGUCGGCGCCGGGUUUGGCACAACUGCGUCAACGCUCGCAUUCAUGGCCUAUGAGUUGGCUCUCAAUCCGUCGGUCCAACAGAAACUCUACGACGAGAUAAACGGUGCCAUCGAUUCGGACGGAGAGAUACCGUACGACGUGUUGACACGACUUCCCUAUUUGGAUGCCGUCUUAUCCGAGACCCUUAGGCUUCACACGCCUGUCCCCCAACUGGUUCGAGUAGCCGCUCGAGACUACAAAUUAGGCGACACCGGGAUCACGAUACCGAAGGGCAUGACAGUAGAAGUACCCAUUUAUGCCAUACACCGGUCGCCUAAGUACUACCCCAAUCCCGAUCAAUUUGAGCCUGAUAGAUUUUUGCAAGAAAACAAGUUCAACCUAAUUCCUUAUACAUACCUACCCUUUGGCGGUGGCCCACGACUUUGCGUUGGAAUGCGCUUUGCAUUUCUAAUGAUAAAAGUGGCCAUGGUCAUGAUUAUUAGAAAGUAUCGCCUAAGUCGUACCGGCAAUACGGAGUCGCCAUUAAUGGGUGACCAGAAAUUUUUGAGCACCAAGGAGGACAUUUGCCAGAAUUGCAAUGUGAUGGGGAGGACGUGA